GUCGAAAUAUUAGAUUCGGAAAGUGAUCACACGAUACUCUGAGAAAUCCGCCAGAUUUUCUAAAACAGUUUCCCAACUCCCCAGCUCUAACAUGGAUUACCACAUGCGCACAUUGUAUUGUGGCUUUCGAUGACAGAGCGCAAUGCAAACCCAUCGGUGAUGAUCGAUAGAAUUAUUUCAGCAGAGAUCCCAGAUGAAUAUGCUGACCCUGUGUAUUACAAUGCAGUUAAAGAAUUGAUGAUCCACGGUCCAUGUGGCCCUAUGAAUGCAUCUGCACCAUGCACAGAAAAAGGCCGGUGCACAAAGCACUUUCCAAAGAGAUUUGUCGUUCGCACGACAAUGGAUAAGCAAGGUUAUCCGAUUUACAGACGCAGAGACAACGGCAGGUAUGUUACUAAGAAUACCCACGAUCUCGAUAAUAGAUAUGUCAUCCCACACAACCGUGGCUUAUUGUUGAAGUAUAGUGCUCACAUUAAUGUCGAGUGGUGUAACCAAACACGGGCAGUUAAGUACUUAUUUAAGUACAUCAAUAAGGGUGACGAUCGGAUAACCGUUGAGUUCUCAGAAGCCAUAGAUAACUCUACUCCAAAAAUAAUAGAUGAAAUUAAGAUGUACUAUGAUUGUCGGUAUAUAUCCGCAUGUGAGGCUGCUUGGAGAAUUUUCGGAUUCCAUAUUCAUUAUCGAGAUGUACCAGUUGAGCGCCUCACUUUUCAUCUUCCUGAUGCACAGAACGUAUACUACAAUCCCAAUGCAUCUAUAAGCUCAGUACUGAAUAAACCAACAAUCAACUCCACAAAAUUCACGGCUUGGAUGAAAGCAAAUCAAGUGUAUCCCACUGCCAAAGAGCUGACGUAUGUUGAGUUUCCAAGCAAAUUCAGGUGGAAGAAAAAUACCAUGGAAUGGGUAGAAAGGAAGAGAGGAUUUGCUAUUGGACGCAUUUAUUAUGUACGACCUGGAGCAGGGGAGAAGUACUACCUACGAAUAUUGUUGAAUAUUGUGAAGGGAGCAACCAGCUUUGAGGAGUUGAGGACUUAUGAAGGGACCGUAUAUCCUACAUUUAGAGACGCGUGCCACGCGCGUGGUUUACUUAAAGAUGACAAGGAGUUUAUUGAUGGCAUUACAGAUGCGAGCUUCUGGUCUUCUUCACGGUCACUUCGCAUUGUAUUUGCUACUCUACUGGUUUCAAAUGAGUUUUCGAAGCCAGGCUUAGUGUGGCAAAAGUGUUGGGAGUUUUUCUCUGAUGACAUACUAUACAAUAUUCGCAAGAAUACGGGUAAUCCAGAUUUUGAACUGGAUAAAGAGAAAAUUGAAAAGUACUGUUUGUUGGAGAUUCAGAAGCUCUUGCAGUCGAGAGGUAGAUCAUUACGUGAUUUUGCUGGCAUACCCUUGCUACCUGAUGAUGAAAUGCCCUCGCUUGAAGAAGUUCUCAUUCAUGAAGAGCUGCGGUAUAAUAAAUCGUAUCUGAUUGAGGAGCAUGCAAAGUUGUUGGCCGAGAUGACAGAUGAACAACGUGUUGUGUAUGAUAGGAUAAUGGAAUCUGUAGAUAGUAGAAACGGGAAAUUCUACUUUUUAUAUGGCCACGGAGGAACUGGGAAAACAUAUCUAUGGAGGACUUUGUUUGCGGUUGUGAGAUCUCGCGGUGAUAUAGUUCUUAACGUGGCUUCAAGUGGUAUAGCAUCGCUUCUCUUGCCUGGAGGAAGAACCGCACAUUCGAGGUUUGCGAUUCCACUUAGUGUUGUAGAAGACUCCACGUGCAACAUAAAACAUGGUAGUCCGUUGGCCAAGCUGAUAGAGUUAUCUAAGUUAAUUAUAUGGGAUGAAGCACCUAUGACGCACCGACACUGUUUUGAAGCUCUUGAUCGGAGUAUGAGAGACGUGCUUCGUUACUCCAGCCACUGUGACACUACCUUGCCUUUUGGUGGGAAGACGAUUGUAUUUGGUGGUGAUUUUAGGCAAAUUCUUCCUGUGAUACCAAAAGGCACGAGACAAGAUAUUGUGCACGCCGCACUGAACAGUUCAUUCUUGUGGUCAAAUUGUACUGUAGUGAGGCUUACUAAAAACAUGAGGCUAGCAAGGAUGCUCGGCCAGCCGGAUGGACCAACUAUCCAAUCUUUUGCAGAGUGGAUUUUGAAGAUUGGUGACGGAGCUUUUGCUGAAAAUCAAGACGGAGAAUCACUAAUUGAAAUACCAGACGAUAUGAUUGCUCCAAUGACGUCUGAUCCUGUUGAAUCUAUAGUUCAAGCUAUUUAUCCAGAUUUCUUAACCCAGGGUGAUCCGAUUAAUUAUCUUUAUUCCAGGGCUAUUCUUGCUCCAACCAUAGAUGAGGUUGAUAAGGUCAACGAUUACAUGUUGAGCCAGAUAGAUUCAGAGUUAAAGACAUACCUAAGUUCAGAUUCAGUUUCUUCAUCUGACUCGGAUAGUAAUGAUCUCUUGCAUGAGAUACAUUCUCCUGAAUUUCUUAAUAGCAUCAAAUGUUCUGGCUUACCGAGUCAUGAGCUCAAGCUGAAAGUUGGAGUUCCUGUGAUGCUUAUGAGGAAUAUCGAUCAUUCAUCUGGAUUGUGCAACGGCACACGACUUCUGGUCACUAAACUUGGAACUCAUAUUAUUGAGGCUCAGAUGAUGCACGGAGAAAAUGCCGGCGAAAAAUUUCUUAUUCCUCGCCUUACUUUGACACCAUCGGACAUUAGUCUCCCGUUCACUUUUCAGCGUAGGCAAUUUCCGUUAAUGGUUAGCUAUGCAAUGACCAUCAACAAGAGCCAGGGACAAUCAUUGGAAAAG